GUGGCUGCUACCACGUCGCUUCACACCCUUUUAUAUAAUAAAAUUUAAUGAAGUUAGAACCGUUGUUCCGUUAAUUUAUCAACGGUUUCCAUAGCAAUUAAUUGGGCGAUUGUUAUCCCUUUCGUGUCGUUGGAUUUUGUUCCUGCUGAUUUGCACGAAGAAUGCAAGAGACGGCUGUCAACGCCAUUGGCACUCUCAAGGUCGAAAAUUUGCCUCAAACAUUCAACGUUUUCGUCAUUAUCAACGAAUAGAGCUGCGCACUUCGGAAAGGAACGACAGUCCAUGUAGACUAUUGGAGCAAGAUCUUGACAGAAUUAAAUAAACCGACAUCGAAGAGAAAAUGCUACUUUUGCUCCUUCUCCUCCCGAUGUCUGGCCUGGUGACCGAGGCUUUCUUCGGGUCUAACUGCCAAGAUAGGCAAUCGAAACCGUGCACCAGGGGUUGCUCGGUGGGUCUGGAGCGUCAUUUCAACGGCGUAACGAACCGCGUCCUGCCCGGCCACGGCUACCGCAACCUGACGGUAGUUUCGCGGGUCCUGUGCGGCAGGGAGUGUCUUAUGGAUGAUCGCUGCUUCUCUUUCCACUACUCGAAGGGGGAGAGGCGGUGCGAGUUGAACGGGGCCACAGCGUCGCGAUACCCGAUGGCUGUGACUGAGAGAGCCGCUACCGACUACUACGGUCCAGAGGAGGCACGUUUUGCCGAGCUGCUAACAAAUGCAAAUGAAGUUCCAAUAAGCCUGACUGACUGUUGGUACCACACUCACUCAUCAGCCGCCUCCGAGUGUCGUAGGACCGGCCAACACCUCUGCCUUCCGUGGGAACUUGACCACGCCUCCAAGGAGGGCUACCCAGCCACACCUCCCUCAUGGUACGCUGAUACCGACAGCCAGGCCGUGCUGACCGAGACCGGAGUGACCUACCACGACCUGCCGCUGACCGCCCAGUCUCCCGGCUUGUGCUGCUCCCUCCCGAUGACCUACCGAGACCCAGUCAUCACUCCCAAGAGCUACGAGCUCGCAGACCGUGCUGGGCAGGCCAGUGGUUGCUCCGACCUGGCAGCUCAUCCCUGUUCCUUGGCCGAGUUGAAAGAGGCUUAUGAUCGAAGUUAUGUAUCGGGUUACUGGCUCUACUUCGAGAUACCCAAUCGCGAGGCUACAGUUGCCGGAUGUAAUCCAAUGUAUCAUUAUGGCAAUGAGUGUUACGAAGGUACCAUAGCUAACACACCAAGACCAUACGCUUAUGCACAAGUGUACUGCUGCCGAAAUCGUGCGUGACUGCAAGUUGUCAACUCUAUUGGCCCUUUUACACAGUUGGGUUAUAAGAGCGACUGACCGACUGUACUUGCAACUACUUAAAUAUGUACUUAUCUGCCUCGGAAAAAGGGAUAGAACCCCCAAACUCUCAUCAGAUUUGACUAGAAAGAUUGCACCCACCGCAUAUUCAGGGAGGUGCAUCUAAUCUGAUGAACUUUUAGCUUAGUGA